AUGUCACAAGAAUCUAAGACAGUCUAUCAAAAUAGAACAUCAAAUGAAAAUUUUAUCGAACCGUUUAUAAUUGCAAAUAUUGGUACACUACUUGUAGUAGUUAAAGCAGGCGCUCUUGAACUGAAAUUACACGAUAAUGCUGGAAAGCACAUUCAUUCUCCAACAUUUGAUAUGACAUCUUGUAGACGUGGACACGAACUUGUUGUACAAUCUGUUGUUAAACAAGCAACUAAAUUAAGAUUCAUUUAUUACGAUGUACGUACAAGUGUUUCCUUACUUGAAAUACAAUGCAUUAAAUUUAUACGUGUUGUAAAUGGUUUUCGAAAAAAAUGUUCUUGCAGUUUGAAAGUAUUUGAAUCAUUCACUUGUGUAUAA